ACACAGCUAGUUUGCACUUACCUGUACAACUUUAAAUCGUCAAAUAAACUAAACUAAGCACAGAGAACGUGAAAUGGUUAAGUUGUGGGCAGAACAGGGAGGAGUUGAGUGAAAACAUUUAGCUAAAGUGAAAGCAUAACACUCCUGCUCCACUCCCCUCUACACACUGCAACACAGUCAACCUUCUGUCAAGACAAAGAGGAAAAACACACCCAGGUUUCAGAAAUGUCCACCUCCAGCAAUGUCUUGUCUGAAGAGCAGUUCCUGUGCCCUAUCUGUCUGGAUGUGUUCACUGAGCCAGUCUCUAUUCCAUGUGGACACAACUUCUGCAAGGCCUGUAUCAGGGAAUACUGGAACAGCACUGUCCUGUGCCAGUGUCCACUGUGUAAGGACACAUUCAACAGAAGACCUGAACCAAAAACCAACACAACACUCAGAGAUGUUGGAGAUCAUUUUAAGAAGAUGAAGGUCACGGACGGAGAGGAGUCCUCUUCCAAGCCUGGAGAAGUAGCACAAGUGCAGCAGAUGAUCCAGGAGCGACUGCAGAAAGUUAAGGAGAUCAAGUACUCAGUAGAGCUCAGCAAGAGAGAUGCAGAGAGAGAGAUAGCAGGAAGUGUGGAAGUCUUCACUGCUCUGGUUCGCUCCAUUGAGAGAAGUCAGGGUGAGGUUAUUGAGGAGGUUGAGGAGAAGCAGAAAGCAGCUGAGAGGCAGGCUGACGGGCUCACUGAAGAGCUGGAGCAGGAAAUCACUGAGCUGCUGAGGAGAGGCACUGAGCUGGACCAUGUCCACCUCCUCCAGAGGUUCCCAUCCCCGAUCAAGGACUGGUCUGAGAUCAGUGUUCACAGGGAUCUGCAUGUAGGAACUGUGAGGAGAGCUCUUUCUCGGCUGGAGGACACAUUUCAGAAAGAGAUGGAGAAGUCGUGCGAUGCUGAGCUGAAGAUGAUACGGCAGUGGUCAGUGGAUGUGACUCUGGAUCCUGAUACAGCACACCCCAAGCUCAUUGUAUCUGAGAACAGGAAACAAGUGAGCUUUCAAGGCACACGGCGGAAUAUCCCUGACAACCCAAAGAGGUUUAGUACUCAUCUAGCUGUCCUGGGAAAGGAAGGCUUCUCCUCAGGGAGAUUCUACUUUGAGGUUCAGGUUAGAGGAAAGAUUGAAUGGGUGUUAGGAGUGGCCAGAGAAUCCAUCAUCAGGAAGGGCCAAAAAGCUGUAAGCCCUGAUGGUGGACUCUGGGCUCUGAAAAUGAAGGGUGAGAAUAAGUAUGAGAUCAAGGACACACCCCCUAUCCCCCUCUUCCUGAGUCAGAAACCCCAGAAGUUGGGGGUGUUUGUGGAUUACGAGGAGGGUCAGAUCUCCUUUUAUGAUGUAGAAAACAGGUCUCACAUCUACUAUUUCACUGGUUGUAUCUUCACUGAGAAACUAUAUGCAUUCUUUAACCCCUGUGAUAAUUCUGAGGGUCCAAACUCAGCCCCAUUGGUCAUCUCUCCUGUCAAUCACACUGACUGAUUUGGGGUCCAAUAAGGCAGAAGUGCUGAUAAUAUUGGGGGGUCUGCCAAGCAGUCACAACCCAAAUAUCACAACAUCUAGGUGUUUAACAUCACGCCAGAAACCGCAUCAUUAUGAUAUUAUAAUCUCAAGCAUGACUGCAAUGUAUCUAACGUGGCGUUCAAUGAUUGGUUCAUUUGUGGAGCAUCUUUUAAAUCAGAGGAUUAUGCUUGAAAUCUGAUCUACAGUAGAAUAGUUUUAGUUUGUCUUUUUUCACAUUUAUUUUCCCCAUUUUUCAGUAUAGUGUGUUGAGACGUUGUUUGGAUUAAUUUGGGAGUAUGUACUAGACUUGGAUAAUUCAGUACAAUGCAUGCAAUUUCUUGUGAGUUUUCAUUGUAUGUGGUCCAUGUCAAAUAAACAUAAUAAAUACAGUG